AUGUUGUCCCUUCCCUUGGCGUGUCUGAUACUCGUUGGCGUCGCAUCGCCAAUCCUAGCUCAAUCGGUCUUCGCUCAUGUGAUAGUGGGAAACACAUAUAGUUACACUCCAGCUAACUGGGCGAGCGACAUCGCAACUGCAGCCGCCGCUGGUAUUGACGGAUUCGCGCUCAAUAUCGGCUAUGUCGACACGAUUAAUCCCAGUGGUUUUGUCCAGGCUCAACUCGACAAUGCAUAUCAGGCUGCCGACGCGGCGGGCUUUCAGAUGUUCUUGUCGUUUGACUACCUGGCCCAAGGAGCCUGGGACCAAAACGCGGUGAUCACCACGGUCAACGGUUACAGCUCGCAUUCGAGUCAGUUCAAAUGGCAGGGCAAGCCUCUGGUCUCAACUUUUGAGGGUCCAGAUAACGCGGGUGACUGGGCCUAUAUCAAAUCCCAAACCAACUGCUUCUUUGUCCCCGACUUCUCAAGCCAAGGUGCCGCUGGUGCCGCUGGCAAGCCCAAUGUUGAUGGUCUGCUGUCCUGGAACGCAUGGCCGAACGGUGCAAACGACAUGACAGACAGUGAUGACCAGGCGUAUGUUACCGCGCUGAAUGGUCGUCCCUACAUGAUGCCAGUCUCUCCCUGGUUCUACACCAAUCUUCCACUGUGGUCAAAGAAUUGGCUUUGGCGGGGCGAUGAUCUAUGGCACGACCGCUGGGAUCAUGUUCUCAACAUUCAGCCAGCUCUUGUCGAGAUCCUGACAUGGAACGAUUGGGGAGAAUCCCACUAUAUCGGCCCAAUGCCACCCACUGACUCGGCCAUUCCCACCGGGGCGGGCCCGUACGUCGAGAACAACCCGCACGACGCCUGGUUGAAAGAUUUGCCUCACUAUAUUGCGGCGUAUAAAAACACGAGUCGGCCAGAUGAGAGCCAUGUUACCUUCUGGUACCGCCUCAAUCCUGCUUCGGGCACAGCGUGUGGCGCCGGAACGACAUGCAACACCCCCAGCCAGGGCCAGGUGGCUCUGAACCCACAGGAAUGUGAUGUUGAUGCAGUCUUCUUCACAGCGUUUGUGCCAGACACCACCAUAGCCACAGUCAAUGUGACAAUUGGCGGUUUGACGCAGACAGUCACGGCGACCACGGCCGGUAUCUUCCACUCCAGUGUGCCAUUCAACGACAUGACCGGAGAUGUCACAGUGGCUGUUACCGCGAGUGAUGGCACUGAGCUUGGUCCUGUCGACGGUGCACCCAUAAGCACAGACUGUGUGGGUGGAAAUAUCAACUGGAAUGCAUGGGUCGGGGGCUCCUAG